CAACACAAAUACUAGCAAAGUGAAAAGGCCACAUAUCAGGCCCACAACAAAUGAUCACUGGCCAAAAAGAAAUCAGCCCAAACCACCAAAUCCCGUACAGGACCCUUCACAACCCUAGCAAAUUGCAUCUCCAUGUGUAAGCCGCCGCCGCUGGAUUCAUCAACUCAAACCGACCAUCAACCAACAAAACUCCAAAUAGGGAGAACAUGCACUCCAUAGGAUCGAUUGGAAGCCGGAAUGAUUGAACAAAAUCCAACCUCGAUGAAGAUUGGAGCAGGACAAGCAAAGAAGACCAUAACUCGUCACCAACCCAUUCCUUACAGGACCAAAACAUCUUCAGAAGCCCCCAAAAGAGAACCAAGCAAGACGAUGGGCGUCCGGCAAAGAGUCACAGAUAUCAAGUCUUUGUCUUUUGAUCUCCCAACCGCGUCCCAGCUGAUUCACAAAGGAAGGCUGCAAGCAUCUCCGAAACACCGAGAUCAGCUGGGUAAAGCAAGGAGGUAGAUGAGAGGCUAGAAGAGUAGAAGACAAGCCGAUCUUAAACACCAAAAUCAGCUACCCUUUGCCACCACGAAUAAAAGGACUCCAGAUCUAAAAAUCAAAUCAGAGGAAGGAACAUGACACGCUAAAACACAACACCAAACUACGACACAGUAUAAUCGGAGAAUGGAAAUGCAGAAUAGUGGGUAAGUUUAAUUUAUCAAACCAGGGUCUAGAUCUACUUCUUACCCCCCGUGAACUUCUAUUAUCUAGCAUAAUUAAUUGAGUGAAGGUGAAUUCAAACUAAAACAGAAAGAAAACAGUAAAUUGUCCGGUUUUCUGAAGCAAGAGAAGAGUCACUCUGCAAUGAGUCCCCCUAGCUCCUUAGUUAGGUCCAAGUUGUAAUUUCCUUUGGUUGAUUCAUUGUUGAUUAAACUGCGGAAGAUCCAACAUUAGCUUUGAAUCUCUUAAGGUGACCAAGCCACUUACAGAGACUAACCGGCAGACGACUAGUCUUCACCGGGAUAGAAUGCUAAGGCAAUUAAAACAGUAUUCCACCACUGUAAUUAGAUUCCAGUACAAAGCAGUGAAUCGACUGACUCUCGUACAAUCAAUUCACUCCUAUCGAAUGAAGAAGCUCUAACAACCUAUUCAGAUUCUGUCUAUCACUAGUUGAAGCAGAAAUCAAGAGAAGUUGAUCAGGAUUCAAUUGACUCAAUAAACACACUUCAAUCGAUUAAAAUCAAUCAAUAUAUCUUCCCAAAAGUUAUUACAAUCAAGAUCUCUAACACAUGGAACUAGGGUUCUUCAUACCCAAGUGAAAGAAAAGUCUACUCUAGAGAGAGAGAGAGAGAGAGAGAGAGAGGAAAAUAGAUAUCGAAGCAGUCAUACUCAUAAAGAUGGGAAUAAUUUGCUCUGGGAUGUCAAUCUUCACUGUCAGGGAUGCAAUCUGGGCUUCAAUGGUAAGAAAUCCACUCCCAAAUAGCUUCUAGGGUUUGUUCUUUCCACUUUCUCUCUCUAGAACUCUGCUUUUGCUCCAAAAAGUUGAAGCCCCGUCCUUUGGCUCGAAUCUGCCUCUUGAACCCGAUUAUGGGCGAAAUACGAGCAAGAAUAUGGUCGUAAUUCUUUCAUGCCCGUAUUUUGUCCAAAACUCGCGUUUUGAUUAAGUUUAUGAGGAAUAGAAUACAAUCGUAUUUUGGAAAAUACCUCCCGUAAUUCAUGAAUUACGAUUGUAAUCAUCGUUGUGCUGCCAGUAUUUUGCACUUCCUCAGAAAUCUUCAAGGGUUCGGCUCGGCGAUAAAAAUACGGGCUAGACCAAUAGUAAUUACGACCGUAAUUUGGGACAAGAUGGUCGUAUUUUACACUUGAUCACUCUCCAGGUUCGGAAGUAAAAAUAUCGGCAGGCAUCACCAGAAGCACGAUCUUACAGCAGGGGAUGACAUUAUUUUGCUCCUAGAAUCGGCAAAUGAUCUCCAAAGGACCCCGAAACUUAUGCCAUUGCCUUCCUUUACCUGCUAGGACCUGAAAUGUGACAAAAUAGCACAACCUAAUGUAAAAUAGACCAAUGAACCAUAAAUUCGAGCUAAACGACAGGGAAACCAGAGUGCAAACAUGUGCAAAAACGUCGAUAUCAAAUUCCCCCACACUUAAGCGUUUGCUUGUCCCCAAGCAAACCAAGUCAGAUACAAAGUAAGCUCAAAACAUUUUAAUCAUGCAAAAUUUGGGGACAUAUCAUAUAGGCACAAAACACGUAAAUUAUACUAGCUUUUAGACAUCAACACAUGAACAAUCUCAACGACAACCUAGACAACCACCACAGAUGACAUUCGAGUGCAGCAAAAUCGAGUAAAGAAAGAGGCUCUCUUCUGUUCACCAACCAACAUAGACUUGACUCAACCACUUAUUCAAGACAGCCACCUCAUGCAUAAAAUUCAAGACAUCAGAAUCAAGACUGAGCAAUCUAGGUCCUCAUCGGGGUAAAGAAUGUAAAGAAUAUAGGGAAAUGAAUCGC